CGUGGCAAUCAGUCGGCAACAGAACUGCAUUCGGUUCGGUGCAGUGAUCACGGACUAGUGCGUGUAGAGAUUCUCUUUCGGCCAACAUGUCACAGUCUUCUUCUCGCGAAGGGACCUCUGUCACCGCUCCACCGAAAGGAUUUGCUCGUCGGGGAGCCCUGAGGCAGAAGAAUAUUCAUGAAGUGAAAGACCACAAAUUCGUGGCCCGUUUUUUCAAACAGCCCACAUUCUGCAGUCAUUGUAAGGAUUUCAUAUGGGGGUUUGGCAAGCAAGGAUUCCAAUGCCAAGUGUGUGCGUUUGUAACUCAUAAGAGAUGCCAUGAGUUCGUUUCGUUCCAGUGUCCAGGAAAGGAUAUUGGUGUUAUGGGCGCUGAUUCUGAUGAUCCUCGAAGCAAGCAUAAAUGGAAAAUUCAUUCCUAUAGUAGCCCUACAUUCUGUGAUCACUGUGGAUCCUUGCUUUAUGGUUUAUAUCAUCAAGGAAACAAGUGUGAAUGUUGUGAUAUGAACGUGCAUAAAAGAUGCCGAAAGCAGACCCCGAAUAUGUGUGGUUGUGAUCACACAGAGCGCAGAGGUAGAAUAUCUUUGAAAGCCUAUUUUACAAAUAAUAAACUGAUAGUGGAAGUUCGCGAUGCAAGAAACUUAAUCCCAAUGGAUCCGAAUGGGUUGUCAGAUCCGUACGUCAAACUUAAGUUAAUUCCUGAUCCUGAUAAUAAAAGCAAAAAGAAGACUAAGACAUUGAAGGGAACACUCAAUCCAGCCUGGAAUGAAACCUUUACAUUCAUUAUUGAUGAGGAAGAUAAAAACAGGCGACUAUCAAUUGAAUCAUGGGAUUGGGAUCGGACUUCGCGAAAUGAUUUCAUGGGAGCAUUAUCAUUCGGUGUGUCUGAACUCAUCAAAACCCCCGUAGAUGGAUGGUUUAAGCUACUCAACCAGGAAGAAGGAGAGUACUAUAAUGUUCCAAUUGCAGAUGAACAAAAAGUUAAUGUAUCCGAGCUGAGAAACAAAUUUGAGAACCAAGCAAAUAUGAAUACUAAAUACGAAGACGGACAACAAAGAACAUCGCUGAGUAAAACUGAUAUAAUGAGAGCCAGUGAUUUUAAUUUCCUCAUGGUACUGGGAAAAGGAAGCUUCGGGAAGGUUAUGCUAGCCGAGAGAAAGGGAACUGAUGAGCUAUAUGCUAUCAAAGUGCUUAAAAAGGAUGUGAUAAUCCAGGAUGAUGAUGUAGAAUGUACAAUGGUUGAAAAACGCGUUCUAGCAUUGUCCAGUAAACCACCAUUUUUAGUGCAGUUGCAUUCCUGUUUCCAAACAAUGGAUCGCUUAUAUUUUGUGAUGGAGUUUGUAAAUGGAGGUGAUUUGAUGUACCAGAUUCAACAAGUUGGAAAAUUCAAAGAACCACACGCUGUAUUUUAUGCUGCUGAGAUCGCUGUUGGUCUUUUUUAUCUGCACGGUAAAGGUAUUGUGUAUCGCGAUUUAAAGUUAGACAAUGUGAUGUUAGACACUGACGGACACAUUAAAAUUGCCGACUUUGGAAUGUGCAAGGAAAACCUCUUUGAUGGAUCUACCACAAGGACUUUUUGUGGAACUCCAGAUUAUAUUGCACCGGAGAUUGUUGCCUAUCAACCAUAUAGUAAGUCUGUGGAUUGGUGGGCCUAUGGUGUUUUAAUCUAUGAAAUGUUGGCUGGCCAGCCACCAUUUGAUGGUGAAGAUGAGGAUGAAUUGUUCCAGUCAAUAAUGGAGCACAAUGUCAGCUAUCCCAAAUCAAUGAGUAAAGAAUCUGUUUUAUUAUGCAAGGGUUUUCUAACCAAGCAUCCUGCUAAACGUCUUGGAUGUACAGUGUCUGGUGAACGGGACAUCAAGGACCAUCCAUUCUUCAGAAGAAUUGACUGGGAUAAACUUGCUGCUCGUGAAGUUCAGCCACCAUUCAAACCCAAAAUUAGAAAUCCACAAGAUGUGAGUAAUUUUGACAAAGAGUUUACAAAAGAAGCACCAUGUUUGACACCAACGGACAAGUUGUUCAUCAUGAAUCUAGACCAAUCCGAAUUUUCUGGAUUUUCUUACACCAAUCCUGAAUUUGUCAUCAAUGUGUAACCAUGAUAAUAUCCAAUCAAGGUCAAA